CCUUACUCUCACACUCUGCAGGCUUCCGGUACAUUGUGCUGAGCGUGAAGAAGCGGGAAGGCAAAAUUGUUUACAUCUGGCAGCAGCAGAAAACCGUGCAGUGAGGAUCUGAAGCAUCUGUACUAGAAGUUUCCUGAGAGUAAUACUAAUCGCCGAUUCCCAGAGGAUGGACAAGGACAGCAGUCACAUGACUGAGAGGAUACUAAAUCUCACCCUGGAGAUCAUCUACCUGCUGACUGGGGAGGAUUACACAGUAGUGAAGAAGACAACUAUUCACUGUGAGACACCCAGCAGCCGUCCCUGUGUGUCAGGAGGACUGAGCAGGACCCAGAGCCCCAUCAUGGUGCCUCCACCUCACUCUCUUCUACAUAAAAGGCACAAUGACCAAAAGAUCCUGGAACUCACCAACAAGAUCAUUCAGCUGCUGACUGGAGAGGUUCCUAUGAGGUGUCAGGAUGUCACUGUCUAUUUCUCCAUGGAGGAGUGGGAGUAUAUAGAGGAACACAGAGGUCUGUACAAGGACGUGAUGAUGGAGAAUCACCGGCCCCUCACAUCACUGGAUGGACCCAGUAACAGAGAUACCCCAGAGAGAUGCCCCCGUCCUCUGUAUUCCCAGGAUUGUACAGAGGAGAAUCACAGGAUCCCACAGGAGGAUCAGGCAGAAGAUACAGAGGGAGAAGAAGAGACGUAUGUGACUGAUAUGAAUGCAGAAGAUGUAGAGGGAGAAGAAGAGACGUAUGUGACUGAUAUGAAGGCAGAAGAUACAGAGGGAAAAGUAGAGACGUAUGUGAGGGGUGAUCAGCAGUGUAAGGAGGAGGAAAUCCCUACAGAUACCAGCACAGCAGAUGGAGGCACAAGCCGGAAGACCUCGGAGAGAGAUGUCAUUUUGUCUUCAAAUAUUAAAAUAGAAGAUAACAUCACACAGGACUCUCCAGGAGACAUCCCCAUUUCUCUAAAUUUACAUUCUGUACCUCUCAGUACUGAUCUAUCAUCUGAUCCCUCUGAUCAUGGGGAAUGUUCUCCCGAUAACUCAAAUACUGUUACACACAGUGCUGCUCUUACUGGUGAUUCAGUCUUUACCUGUUCUGAAUGUGGUAAAGGUUUUGUACGUCAGUCAAUGUUGGUUAGACAUCAGAGAAGUCACACUGCUAAGAGGCCAUUUCCAUGUUCUGAGUGUGGGAAAUGUUUUACACAUAAAUCAUAUCUUACUAUACAUAAGAGAAAUCACACAGGCGAGAAACCAUUUUCAUGUUCUGAAUGUGGAAAACGUUUUACAUCAAAAAUUUAUCUUGUAACACAUGAGAGAUGUCACACAGGUGAGAAACCAUUUUCAUGUUCUGAAUGUGGGAAAUGCUUUUCACAGAAAUCACAACAACUUGUACAUGAGAGAAAUCACACAGACAAGAAACCAUUUCCAUGUUCUGAAUGUGGAAAACGUUUUACAUGGAAAUCACAGCUUGUUACACAUCAGAGUAUUCACACAGGUGAAAAACCAUUUUCAUGUUCUGAGUGUGGGAAAUGCUUUUCACAGAAAUCAAAUCUUCUUGUACAUGAGAGAAAUCACACAGGGGAGAAACCAUUUCCAUGUUCUGAAUGUGGAAAAUGUUUUGCAACAAAAUUUUAUCUUGUUACACAUGAGAGAACUCACACAGGUGAGAAACCAUUUCCAUGUUCUGAAUGUGGGAAAUGCUUUUCACAGAAAUCACAACAACUUGUACAUGAGAGAAAUCACACAGACAAGAAACCAUUUCCAUGUUCUGAAUGUGGAAAACGUUUUACAUGGAAAUCACUGCUUGUUACACAUCAGAGUAUUCACACAGGCGAAAAACCAUUUCCAUGUUCUGUGUGUGGGAAAUGCUUUUCACAGAAAUCAAAUCUUCUUGUACAUGAGAGAAAUCACACAGGGGAGAAACCAUUUCCAUGUUCUGAAUGUGGAAAAUGUUUUGCAACAAAAUUUUGUCUUGGUACACAUGAGAGAACUCACACAGCUGAGAAAAUAUUUCCAUGUUCUGUGUGUGGGAAAUGCUUUUCACAGAAAUCAUAUCUUAAUAUACAUGAGAGAAAUCACACAGACGAGAAACCAUUUCCAUGUUCUGAAUGUGGAAAACGUUUUACAUGGAAAUCACAGCUUGUUACACAUCAGAGUACUCACACAGGUAAUAAGAUGCAAUUUCCAUGUUCUGUGUGUGGGAAAAGCUUUUUACGGAAAUCAAGUCUUAUUGUACAUGAGAGAAAUCACACAGGGGAGAAACCAUUUCCAUGUUCUGAAUGUGGAAAAUGUUUUGCAUCAAAAAUUUAUCUUGUUACACAUGAGAGAACUCACACAGGUGAGAAAACAUUUCCAUGUUCUGUGUGUGGGAAAUGCUUUUCACAGAAAUCAUAUCUUCUUGUACAUGAGAGAAAUCACACAGACGAGAAACCAUUUCCAUGUUCUCAAUGUGGAAAACGUUAUACAUGGAAAUCACAUCUUGUUAAGCAUGAGAGAAGUCACAAAGGCCGGAAACUAUUUCCAUGCUCUGAGUGUGGGAAACGUUAUACACAGAAAUCACAUCUUACUAAACAUGAGAAGUCACACAAGUGAGAGGCCAUUGCCAUGUAAUGAGGGGCUGAUUUGGAUAUGUUUGUAAAUGUAAUGGUUUGUAUACAAGUCUGUGUUGUCUGAUGCAGACUUCCUGGACCCGGUUGUCUGGAUCCAAUGGCCAGUGUAAGCUUUGCUUGCACAGACUGACCAGGGUCUGCUACCAUCAUGCCUCGCAAUGGUGAUGGAAUGCUGCAUCCUCAGAUGCAGUCCUCUGAUCUCAUAGAUGCUGCAUUUGCAUAUUAUUAUUACAAUGUUGCACAGCUGCUUCCCUGCAUCUGCGUAAUUCCUUAUAAAUCGAAAUUAAGUCCUGAGUGCGCAAAAUACUUUACACUGAGAUCAUAUCUUGUUACACAUCAGAAAAUCGGGAUGUGGUCAAUUUACCUACAAUCAAAAUACCGACAAUUAUUGGCCGAUGGUCAAACUUCCGACACUUAAAAUACAGACAAGGUCAAAAUACUGACGUUUAAAAUGUUGACAGGUCAAAAAGUCAACAUGAGUUUUUCAUGAUUUUUUUUCAGCACAGCGAUGUCACUGUGCCCGAUUCAUGGCGAGCCAUGCGAGGGCACGCAGUACACUUAUACUGUGUCCAUGUCGACCGAUUUCAACAUACAAAAAAGUUGUGUCGACUUUGACCUGUCGACAUUUUAAAUGACUGUAUUUUGACACUGUGUAUUUUGAUUGUAGGCAUAUCAUCCUACACCCAGAAAAUCCACGUAACAUUAGCAGAUUGGCAUGUGGUGAUGUCUGUGUGGCAUUGGUAAGUGUCUGAGAGGAAUGUACAUAGAACUGUGUAACAGUAUUUACGAAUUCUCCAUUUUAGAUAUAUUUUUUUAUAUUCAAGUUUUUUUUAUUGUUUUUAGAAACUUACAAUUCAAUAAAAUCACCAUUGAGAAUAA